UCCAACGUUCACCAAGACGCCCGUCUCAGCCAGGCCAGCAGCACCUCAUUUGCCACAUGGCCUCUGUGCCCUCUCUACUGAUGGCCUUGCUACUGUCCAGCUAUGGCCCUGGUGGGGCUCUGGGCUGUGACCUGCCACAGAACCACGUGCUAGUUAGCAGGCAGAACUUCGUGCUUCUAGGCCAAUUGAGGAGAAUCUCCCCUUUCUUCUGCCUGGAGGACAGAAAAGACUUCCGUUUCCCCCAGGAGAUGGUGGAUGGCAGCCAGCUCCAGAAGGCCCAGGCCAUCUCUGUCCUCCACGAGAUGCUCCAGCAGAUCUUCAACCUCUUCCAUGCAGAGCGCUCCUCUGCCGCCUGGGACGCCACCCUCCUGGACAAACUCCUCACUGGACUCCAUCAGCAGCUGGAGGACCUGGACACCUGUUUCGUGCAGGUGAUGGGAGAGCAAGACUCUGCCCAGGGAAGGGCGGGCCCUACAGUGGUGCUGAAGAGCUACUUCCAGGGAAUCCAUCUCUACCUGAAAGAGAAGAAAUACAGUGACUGUGCCUGGGAAAUUGUCCGACUGGAAAUCAAGAGAUCCUUCUCUUCAUUAACCAACUUGCAAGAAAGGCUAAGAAUUAUGGAUGGAGACCUGGGGUCACCUUGA